AUGUCCAUUGUGGGCAAGUUUCUGUUCGUUUCUGGUCAAGUAAUUGUGUUAAAGGUGGUAGAUCUUGACCUAAAAACAACUUGCGAGGAACCUGGAGUCCACUACCUCCCAAUUACCCCAUUGUUUGCUUCAUUUUGUGCUCCGUGUGUUGCAGAAGCAGUGGCCACUGAUGACGAGUGUAAUUUUUUUGUUCUGGGAAAGAAAAUCUACAAUACGUUCACUUCCUCAAGCGAAGACGUUGAGAUCCCUUGCGUCUAUGACCACUCAAACCCAAGAUUUUCUGCAAUUGCGGAAGCGUCAAAAAAGGCACUGAUCUUUAGCGCUGCUGGAGAAUUGUUCAUAGGCGAGAACCUUGCACAAAUAAUUUGCACCGAGGUCGAUUGGGUAUUUCCAAAAGUGAAGAAUGAACAGCCAUGGCGCCCUUCAGAAAAACUUUUAGAACUUUUAGACGAAUUCGAAAAAAAAAUACUGUAUGAUCACCCAUCUACUCCUUGCGCCUAUUGUUCUAUCCUAAUGAUGAGCACUGCUGCGAAAUGGGUUGAUUACGACCCUGAUGAAACUUACGACCUAACAACAGCAUUCCCCAAACUUCAGCUACCUUUGCGUAUGAACAACCAAGAUUGUAUAAGAUUGCCGUUUGCUUGUCGUGCAAAACAGUAA